AUGGCUCAGCAAAUACGAACGAUUUUGUCGCUCGACAAGAUCAAGCAGGAGGAGAAACCACUGUUGCUCAGGCCUAGGAUAGACUCCACGCGGCGCAGGACCGUUCCAGAGAGCGGAGUUGGGCAACAUAUCGGAAAUGAGCCAAGGGGGGAAGGGUGGGAUAUCAUCAAGAAGGCCGAUGUUCCCAGGCGGCGCAAUGCGGGCUUGCAUGGAAAUGAAGUGCGCCCCCCUUGCUCAUCUGGAGAGCAAGAUGUAAUGAGGUGGAAGUGCCAAACCUUCCCCAACAAGAAAUUCCAGACGGGACUGGUUGGCUCGGCGGGGCCCGGGGCAGAGCAGGAAGCAGGAGCUAAGGCCGAUCCGACGCUACCGACCGCCGGGCAAUGCGUCGAGGCCCAACCAGGGCGAGAGGCGAGGGGCGAGGAGCGCGGGGCGUUUCGUCAGCUGGGGCGCCGCCAGCGGUGCAGUGAGCGGGAUGACGAGCAGAUUGGGGGGUCCUUUGGGAGCAUGGUUGUGAAUUAG